UCUGGCUCUGAGCGGUUUGGCUAGGCUGUCAGCUCCUGGGAGACAAGAGGGAAGUGCACUAUCCCUAACAACUGUCGGACUUGCUGUUCAAGCACAAGACUCGCCACACAAGGCGUGACAUUGACGGACGGGGUGGGAUUGAAACCGGCGCUGCAGCGCCGCCGAGACCUGAUACCUCCUCCACCACAGCAAGAAACCCGCAAUGAACGACACCACCGGAACUGGUCUCUUUGAGAAGGAUGGCGUAAGAGUAGCCGUUGAGGGCUGUGGCCACGGCACCCUCAACGCAAUCUAUGCCGCCGUCACCGCUGCCUCCCACGCGCGCGGCUGGCCCGGUGUCGACGUUCUCAUCAUAUGCGGUGACUUCCAGUCCACCCGAAACGGCCAUGAUGUAGAAGUCAUGUCUGUCCCUGCAAAGUAUCGCGUGCUCGGCGAUUUCCAUGAGUACUAUUCCGGCACCCGCACCGCCCCGUACCUGACCCUCUUCAUCGCCGGCAAUCACGAAGCUGCCGCAUACCUGUGGGAGCUCUACUACGGCGGCUGGGUCGCCCCCAACAUCUACUACAUGGGUGCUGCCAACGUCCUGCGCGUGGGCCCGCUACGGAUCGCCGGGCUGAGUGGGAUCUGGAAGGGCUUUGACUACCGCAAGCCACACCUGGAGAGGCUGCCGUUCAGCAGGGAUGACAUCAAGUCUUUUUAUCACGUGCGAGAGUUCGAUGUGCGUAGGUUGCUACAGAUCAAGGAGCAAGUGGAUGUGGGGCUCAGCCACGACUGGCCCAGGGGCAUCGAGAAGCAUGGCGACGUGCAGCAGCUGUAUCGUACCAGGCCCAUGUGGAAGGAAGAGAGCCUGGACGGCUCACUUGGCAGCCCUGCGGCCGAAUAUGUGAUGGACCGGCUGAGGCCCGCCUUCUGGUUCUCGGCGCACAUGCACUGGAAAUUUGCUGCUGUCAGGACCUACCCUCCCCCCUCUCAGGCCGUCGGUUUGGACGGCACGGCUGAGAUUGCGCCGAGUGAGGGCGCAUUGCCUGGCCCUCCAACACAAGAGGCACCAGUUGGGAACCCAAACGAAAUUGACCUGGAUAUGGACGACGACGAAGACAGCGCACCCCCAGCACUCGAUCAGAACGAUGGUACCGCCGCCAAGGACGAGCAGGCAGGGGCCACAUCCACCGUUACAGAUGAGCUUCGCUCCCAGCUCCCGGCCUCGUUCACACAACAGCCAAAACCGAAACCCUUCGCGGGACCGAAACGCACCCCAGGCCAGCCUGUUCCGCCAACAAUCACAAACACCACCGUGCGCUUCCUCGCACUCAACAAGUGCGAGCCGGGUCGUGAUUUCCUCCAGCUCUGUGGCAUCCACCCUGUCGACAUGGCCACCACUGACGACGCAUCAGCACGACCUGAAAGCACCCCGCUGCCACACCAGGGCCGAUUCGCGCUGCAAUACGACCCGGAAUGGCUCGCCAUCACACGCCACUUCCACCAGUAUCUCAGUAUCGGCGAGAGGACAGCCCAAGUGGCUGCGGACGAGGGUGAGGAGGCCUACGCGCCCAGGCUUGCCGAGGAGCGCGCGUGGGUCGAGGACAAAGUCGUGCGUGCGGGCAAGCUGCCCGUGCCGCAGAACUUUGCCCAGACAGCGCCGGCGCUGGAUGGGGGCGCCGAUCAGAAGCUGUGGGAGCUGCACUCGGGGAUCCAGCCGCAGGAGCACACGAACCCGCAGACGGUCGCAUUCUGCGCGCUGCUGGACGUGGAGAACCUAUGGGACGCCAGCGAGGAGGAAAGGGAGCGACGCCGGCAGGAGGGCCCACCGCCGGAGGCGGGCAGAGGUGGAUGGGAUUCCAGAGGUGGAGGAGGGGGGGCUGGCCGUGGUGCCCGAGGUGGUUUUGGGCGGGGUGGGAGAGGUAGAGGACGUGGCAGGGGCGGACGAGGAAGAGGACGGUGA